AUGCUGAAGGUGAAAGUUCAGCGUUAUGUUGCUGGAAAAAAGCCAAAUUUCGCAUCCAGUUCUAGUUCAGAAUCAGAACCGGAACAGCAAGUUCAACAGGUUGAGGAGAUCAAGGCCUUUUCUCGAGGUAUUGCUCGUACGAAGGGGAAAGAUGACCAGGCUGACCAAGAUACAAUGCAGAAGCCAUCUGCUGACGAACUCGCGGACCCUAGGUUUCGUCGUUUGCUAAGAGCAAAGAAUGACACGUCUGAGAUUUUGUCAGGAUCGAAGCAGCAGCUCACAACCUCCGUUCUGAGCCAUCUGGAGUUACUGAUGUAUCAUUAA